CAGGGUGUUGAGUUACGUAGCAUUGUGUCUCCCGUAGUGCUGCUUCUCCCGUCCCCGGAAAGAGCUGGAAAUCGGAAACUUUGAUACUGCAAAGGAAAAGGAAGAAAGGAAGACAAACAGCAAAAAAGAAAUGCUACCUCUGGCAAUAAGUUGACCUUUUGUUUGGCAAUCGGCUUGUCUCCAGCAUUUCAGAGCCCGGCUGAGCGGGCCAAGAACAGGAGGGUGGGUACAGAACAGCUCGGCCCUCUGUCUCCAUGUAUAAAAGAGGUGCUUUCUCUAGGCACAGGACAGAAAGUAGGGAUCUGUGACCAGGCUAUCUUGAAGGAGGUAGCAGAGACAUAAAAAAAGUCCACACAAGGAUUCCCAUACUACAGCUGGUGCUGCAGACAAAUCGUAUGCUCCAGCUACAAACACUCCAUAGAACUGCAUGAUUCGUCAUACUGCGGGUUUCAGCACCAGUAACCAUUUUAUGAUUCACACCUUCCUGCAGAGGUUUGCAGUGCCAUGGUUACAGUACAUCUAAGUGAGCAGCUCAGAGGCCUUACAGAGCUGCUGAUUUUUACACAGACUGCAGGGAAAAUUCAUAGUUCUGUAACAUCAACAACGCUGAAGAACAACACCUCAGGAGUACUGCUGCUCACAGACUGUCUGCAUUUUAACCUCCACACCCCAUCCUUCUAGUGAAAUUCUCUGUUCAAAAUUCCACUAGCUGCAAAAUGCUACUGUUCAUUGUGGGCAAAGUUCAUGGCUUCAAAGAUUUAAAUGAACUUGCAGGUUAUUGCAGAAACACUAGCUACUGAAAUGCCUCCCAGACUCAUGCCAUUGCUGCAAAGGAAGCUUGCAAACCAGUAUAGUAACGAAGAUGCUACAUUAUUUGCCAUGUAUUUUGAAUGUAUAUGAACUACUUUGCUGUAUGUAAAUACGAUGAUCGUCUAAGGCUGCAAAGAAAGGGAAGCGAACACUGCACCCGAGAAUGUGUCUACCGAAACGUGGAUGUACUUCAUUUGGCCAAAGGAAGGAAAAAUAUGAAUGAAUAUGUAGCUGCAUUAAUUGCACUGAAGCAAAAAAUAAUUGAUGGAGAUCGUUUGCUGACAGAGUAUCAACAGAAAUGCACUGAGCUUCAAUUUGCUGAACGAGAGAUCUCUGCUCUUCGUUGCCAAGUGGAGAAGAUGUUACAGAAAAUUCUGCCUCUGGAAAAAUGCCAGGAAGAGUUGGGUUCCUUGAAGGCAGAGUUGGAAGAAAAAAAGAGUUCUCUCAAGAUUUAUCGGGAGAGUCAACUGGAAUAUGUUAAAAUUAAAGAAGAAAUAUUAAACAGUGAUGCUGUGAGAAAGAAACUGGAAACUAAAGUGAAAAAACUUGAAGAUGCUGCAACAAAGCAUACACAGGACUUCAGACAACUGAAAACUGAAAAGAAAAGGCUUGAAAAGGAGCUAAAAAAAGCACAAGGAAAACUCGAUGGUGUCAUUAAAGAGAAGUGCAGAAAAUUUAAACAUGCAGAAACUCAGAGUUCAAGUGAAGAUCUUGCAACAGAUAUAGACAAAGGAAGAGUGAAGCUCUUAUUAGAAGAACUCUGGAUGUGCAUUGACAGUGCAACAGGAAAAAGAGAGAAUGAGAAAAAUGAUCCUGUCUUAGCUUCUGUUUGGGAUAAGAAAUGGUCUAACAAAAGAAGGCUAACUGUUACAGAAGACACUGUACAAAUCCACCAAAAGAUCAGGAAGUGUGAUGGCAAAACACUACCUUGGUGUUCUUCAGAGGAAAGUGCUGUAAAGCAAAAUUCUGUAACAGCAAAGAUAAUUCAAACAAGUACUGAGCCUUUUGGAGAUGAUUGUGCUGUGAACAGGACUCCUGAAGAACAGUUGCACAGUGGUGAGGAUAAAAAUGUAGAUAUGAUAAUACAGACAGACAGGGAGCACAGCACUUCAGACUUCUCCAAUCAGGAGCAGAGAGACCCAGGUGGAAAUGUGAUGGAUAUAUUGAACUGGGCCAGACCUCUUCCUGCUCUCCUUUCUCCAGUACAGCUUUCACCACUGACUACACGGGAUAUGUUCUUGGGAGAAGUCAUAGGUUCCAGUGAUGAAGAAGAUGAUUGCAGUACUUCUGCAGUGGAGGGUCUUCUACAAGAAGACCAAGUUCAGCCUCCAAGUUGUAAUGUAAUCGGCCCCAGUGAUGAGCAUGGUUUUGAUGCAGAAAUCUCACUUAAUCUGAGUUGGAAUGAAAAGAAUAUUCAUCUCAGUCCUAAGACGUCAAGCAAGGAGGAGAGAGAAGCUGAAAGAAAGCAAACUGAAGGUGCUACUCUAAUUAUAAACAUGGUAACUAACAAAAACUGUUUGGAGGAGAAUUCUGGGGAUGUGGAAACUGAGAACAGAGAACUAACUGGAGCAACAGCACACAAAUCGGAAGACAUGGAAGAACAGAAAGGAGAUGGUGAGGACAUGGACAGUGAAGAGGGAGAUUCUUCAGCAGGUUUUAUGUUACAACAUUUAAAGCCUCAGAAUCAGAUAGAAGAAUGUAGUGUGGUAGAGCAAACAGAGGAGAAAGUAACCUUAAUUAGAGCUGUUGAUAAUGAGGGUAUACAUGAAAAAUGUGGUGAAAUAGUGAAGAGAGAGAGAGAGAAUUUGGAAGCACAGAGAGAAACUCCCAGAGAAGCCUCUGUUCUGCAAAAUGUUACUCAUUUGCUAUCUGAGCAAGGCAAUGUGCUUCCAAGAGAAGAUGCUGAGGAAAAAUCUGAUGUGUUGAUAGAAAAUGAAGUGGUUGAAAAUAAAUCAAAAAAUGUAGUCAAAUUAACUAAUAUGGCUGGAGCUAUUGAAAUCUCUGCACACUCUCAGUGCUCUGAAAUAAAACACGACAGUGAAGAGAUUCUGGAGAAAAAACAUACACAAACAAAAGACAAAAUGAACAGAGAAUGUGAACCAGAGUCUGUUAAAAUCUCUAGGCAUUACUUACCUGUAUCUGCUACUGAAGGAAUCAGAACUUUGUCAGUCAUUCCAAAAGAUGAACAGCUCAAAAUUGAAGACAUGAAUGUAACCAGAGCUCCAACCACUGAGCUAACUAUGAAAUUUAACACAGGAAGUGUUCUAGAAAUAGCUGAAUUGUCAGAGCUACUCCAUAGUGCAGAAAAUGUCAAACUAGUAGAUACAGAGGAGGUGGUAGGUUUACAAAGCAAACCACAUCAUAAGGAAGAUGGUAGUAAUUUAUCUCAGAGGAAGUCAAACUUAGAAAAUACACUUGCACUACCAAAGACAGCAUGCAUUAUUGGUGCAGCAAGCAGUGCAGCUAAGUGUGAAUCCUCUGUGUUAGAUUUUACAGAAGUGAAAGGUGAAAUAAAACAAUCUGAAAACUUAUGUAAGACAUUAGAAUGUGGGCAGUCCAAACCUCAAAACUUUAGACUGUUUGAAUCUGUAGAGACUGAAGUCAGACUUAAUCCAGAAGAUUGCAGAGGGGAAAGCAGUGAGUUGUUAGCAAGAGGGAGUACUAUUGAAUCUAUUUUAAUAGAAAGUAAUCCUAUUUCUCAGGAACAGUUUGGAAAACCUCUGACUCAGCUCUUGAGAAUUGAAAAUAUUAAAUGUGGUAAAAUAGAAGGGAAAUUAAAUAAACAAAGCAAGGAAUUGGUGACUGAGACUUGUUCAGGUUCACUGAAGUGGGAAAAGAAUGUUGUGAAGAAAAAUAAUAUUUCGGAGAUUAUUUGCCAGCCUACUUCAGAAGUGGAUUAUAGAAGUGGCUUGGCUUUUUCUACUCAAAAGGACUUGGAGAAAUGCUGUAUAAAUAAUGAGGAAACCAAUUCUCCUGUGCAAGUGGGAAUUGGCUUGGAAUCCACAAGAUCUCCUGAUCUAAAUCUCAGUCUUCAGAAAGUUGUUGGUUUCCUUGAAACUAACUUAGCAGGAAAGGCUGCUUUUUCCUGUACUUGGGAAAGCAACAGACAUACAAAUUCCAUUAUGAGUACUACUUUUAACUGUUCUCCAGAAAACUUAGAAGAGGGUGCUGAGAUUCUGUCUACUGAAAAAGUCAACAUGGGCAAAGAACUGGGCUGCCCUGAGAGAGAAUAUAUACACAAAAAAGAAGAGAAAACUUCAGAUGAGGAGCAGCCAGUAGAUGAAGAACCUCAGGCAUCUGUUAAGUCGCAGAUCAUAUAUGCAAACCCUUAUAAGAAGAAUGCCUUUCUCCUCCAAAAGUUUGAUUGUCAAGAAUCAGGAUGCAGGACUUCUACGUGGAAGGUUAGAACAGAUCCUUCUAGAACUAAUUCACUAACAGGUGGGGGAGAAAGUAAAGAACUGAAUGGUUUUGUGGGUUCUGGGAAAAAUGCCAUAAUAAGGUGUAAAAGUGAUUUUGAUAUGCUAGAGCAGAGCAAUGACUCUGAAGAGAAAGACUGUUCUAUACAAAAUGUUAAGUAUGUGAAGUGUUCUGAAUGUGUUCCAAUGUUUAGAAACAAACUGAGAGCUUCCAGCAGAAUUGCAUUGGAUACUCUGGAAACUGGUGCAAUUGUUGAUGCUGAUUACCAAGUAUGUGAACUUCAUUCAAUGAUGCACCCAGGAAAUGCUUUCACAGUUAGUCACCUAAAAGCAGACGCUAUUGUGGAUAUGAAUACACACUGUAAACCAAACAGCUCUGGAGAUACUGCAAAUGAGUGGUCAAGUGUAACUGGGGAGGGUUAUCCUGAAGACUCAGCCUCUUGGAAAACAGAAUGUAUAUUAGUAACCUCUGAAAAUACUGAGAGUGCUAAUGAACAUAUGGUGGAGUCUAACAUAGCUGGAUGCAUCAGUCACAGUGAGGAAAGUCUAUUAAAAUCUGGAACAUCAAAGGAAAACCCUGUGAUGCCACAUACUUCAAAAAAUAGGUUGCCACUAUGCAAGAUGUUAAGCAGAUUCUCAGAAAACUGCAGGCUGACUGUAAAAACCAGUAAAUUAAAUACAAGAAUGUUAGCACUUGGCAAUUUCUUAGAAGAAAAUUAUUCUAGAAAACUUCAGUCAAAUGGGAAGCAAGGUUUAUUACGCAGUGUUGAUAUGGAGGACUCCGUCUUUGAAGAAUAUAAUAAUAAUAAUAAUCAAACUUACACUGCUUGCGAUACAGGAGAAGGCAGCACUGAUGUUAUCAUAGAUAGUGGUACAAAAAAAAAAUUACUCAAAUAUCUUCCAGAUCCAGCCCUCUCUGAUGUAAGGUGCAGUUGUCAAACAGUUGGUCAGCUUUCUGAACCACAAAAGACAGUAUUUGAGAAGUUACCUAUGGUGGAAUCAGAUUCUUGUGCUCUCAAGAAGAGCAAUAAAUGUAAGUGUAAAGAGCAAGAACCAUCUGAAAUCUUGACUGUUUCUACCAAGACAGCUGCCCAAGUAAUGCAUACCAAGCUAUCAAAGAACCUGUUUCAAGGUAAAAGAAAAACAAAGACUCUUAAAGUUACUCAGCCAGUUCUUGCAAAUGCUAAUACUUCUCUGGCAAAAAAAUGCUCAUCUGAGAUGAUAAAUAAAAUCAGGGAAGAGAUAGGUCCUCCUCUGCCCCCCUUGCUACUGCCUCUGAUUACUACUCCUCCAAAAACUGCCUGUACUAUGUCCCCUGUAAUGUCUUCUACAGGUCAAUGUUCUUUGCUUUCCCCUCUUGAUGACCUGAUAUCCCCACUAUGCAAAACUCCUAUUCUUCCUCUCAUGUCCCCAUUAACAGAUACUCCAACAGUAAAAUCUGCUCUUUUAUUUUCUCCUCCCUCACCCUCAGAAAUGGCAGUAGGUAGACAGAUUUGCUCCUCACCUUUGAAAUUUUGCACUUCAAUUCCAAAGCAUGCACUUCCCGUUCCAGGAAGAUUUCCUCUCUUUGCAGCAGUUAGUGAUGGUCCAAGUGCUCCUCAGGAGAACUCUGUGAAAAUACUGGACACUAUGUAUCCAGAGCUGUCUGCAAGGGCAAGGACACUAAACAUUCUGAAAGGCAAUAUUCAGCUUAACCGAUGCACUUUUUCAGACAUCCAAAGUUUGCCAGGACCUGUGUUUCAAGCAGGUGGAUUCAAAGCAAUUGCAUCUACCUCAACUGCUUUUGUUAAAGCUGGGAGCAAUUUGAAAUCUGAUAGUAGCAAAGAUGAAGACAAAGAUGUGCAAAAUCAGCAAUUAUUUUCAAAUCAUCUUAGAAAAAGGACACUAUUGCAGGUAUCUAUGCCAAGAAGUGCCAAAAGACUGAGGCUGGACAGUGAACCGCCAAGGAUGGAGCCCAGUGAUAUUACUGCUGUCAGAAAUACUAAAAACACCAUCGCUGAAAUGCAGGAGGCUUUCCAUGGUAAAAGCUAUGAAAUCAGUGAUUCAUCACAAUGUUCCAAUUUAGAAGAAUCACUGCCAGUAAAGAAGGAUUCUGACUGCCAGAAAGUUUCUUUGGCAUUAAAGAAAAUUGCUGAAUCCUGUUUUGACUUGUUACCAGUUAUCAAAGGUCAUGUGUAUGUUGGUAAUAUCUCAAAGAUUCCAGUAAUGACAGAUGAAGAGAGAGAAGUUGUCUAUGAAUUUGGUAUAAACAACAAGCAUUUAGCAGAGUCCUUGCUGCAUGUUAUUCUCAAUAAGCUGAAGGCUCAGAAGAAUGCCACAAAUUAUAAUUUCAGUCAGGCUCUGUGUCGAGUCUAUGCAGGAAUUUGUCGACAGUUGGGAGAUUUGGAAAGAGCCCGCCUUUUCUGCUAUAGUCUACUUAAAGAAGACUUUCCAGACUCAGAAAAAUUGCUUUUAUUUAUCACAAACAUAUGGUCUGACAUAUUUGUCUUCCAAGGUGCAAUUAAUAAAGCUAUGCAAUUAGUUGUCAGGCAGAAUGCAAGCAAUGAGAUGCUGGCCUGUUUAAGUGCUUAUCUCAACUGGGAACAGACUUCAUCUUUAGAUGCUGGUAUUAUGGUCUCAAACCUGCUUUUAGAAAUGCAGUCAUGUACAAAAGUAGAAUUUCACCUGAGUGAGCAGUAUGGAGAAGAUCUCAGUGAAGAUGCUUGGCAGUAUAUAUUUGCUGUUGAUCUACUCUGCUCUCAUAUGAAGUGGGAUUGGACACAUGAUAAUGUUAUAAGCAAAGUGCUUUGGCCUUCUAUGGAUAACUGGAUAAAGAAGAGAAAGGGGCAUGAAACUGCUCAGUCAAUUCGUGAUAGUGUUAUAGCAUUGACACUCAGGCUAAUUGGUCGAUUAGGACAAAUAGGUUUGAAGGAAGGCUAUCUUGCCGCAGUGAAGAAUAUUAGUUCCAUAAUUGGACAGUUUGUACAGCAUGCAAAAGAUGAAGCUAUACCUUGGGGUGUGCAGCUGGCAGCCGUAUAUUCACUAUGUGACUUGGGUUCAAGCAAUCCAGAAGGUAUUGUUGAGGUCAUCCAUGCUUGGAGAGCAAAAGUUCAUAACAACAUCCCUUCUGCUAUCACAAAUGGUAUAGCUGAAAUCACUUCUCUGUGUGAAAUGGAGCUAAAUUAAAAUGUAGGGAAGUGGACUGAUCUAAAGGAAGAAGUGCCUUACCAAUUAAGCAGUAGUUGGUUCCAGUUAAAAACCAUACAAAGUGAUGUGUCUUCUUGUAUUUCAUGCUUUUAAUCAGAAUGUCUGAUCAUGCAAAGAAAGGUCAAGUAUUUUAUUUGGCUUUUCUCUUUGAAGGAAGAGUUUUUAAAAAAUAAACAAAAAUACUUGCUUUUCCUAGUAGCUGAUUAGUUAUCUAAAAACGAGUGCAUCUUGAACUCCUGAUAUAUUUCUAGUUUGAUGACAAUAAAAACCAGUAACAGUUUUCGUUCUUUUACUUACAUCAGUUUGGAGUAUGGACUAUUUGACAGAAUAUUCAGUGUGACUUGAAAACUUGGCUCUAUUAUUUUGUACUAUUUUUAUAAAGUAACCAUUCAGAUAGCAGAACAUUCCCCAGAUUCAGCUUUAUUUUGCUUGGGUUGUCUCAUAAACUUAAUUUAAAACACUUGCGGAAAACAGGUAGGAAUUGACUUUUUGUGUAGCCAUCAUGGAUGGAGUAACAGAUACUAAAUCUCUAAACUUGUAUAUAUGGUGUAUUCUGAUGUGUCUCACAUUUUAUCUUGUUCCACUUGGGGAAUUUUGUGUAUGUAAAUGGGGAGUUGGUUCAAAAAAAGUUCAUGUUUCUGAUGUUAGCUUCACUACACUCUGUUUUUGUAUCUUUCAUAAUAAAAAAGACAAAUACCA